AUGAAUCAGCAUAAUUUUCAUCUUCUUGAUCUACCUAAUGAAAUAUUAUUUCUCAUUUUGAGAAAACUUGACAAUAUCGAUGUUCUUUACUCUUUAUUGGGUAUCAACAAUCAACGAGUUGAAAUUAUAGUACAACGACAAAUCUUCACUAGCACUCUUAAUUUCGCUUCCAUAUCACAAUCAACUGAUGAGAUUUCUUCAAUUUCUGGCUCAAUACUCGAUCGAUUUUGUAUUGACAUAUUACCAAAAAUUCAUAAAAAUGUUAAAUCUCUUAUUCUUGAACCUGUUUCAAUGGACCGCAUUCUUCGUGCUGGUAACUAUCCUAAUCUUUCUGAACUUAAGCUUUUCAAUUUCAACAAAGCAAUAUUUUCACGUUAUUUCAUGGACGAUACUCUCUUCGGAAAUAUUUCUAAAGAACAAAUUACGGAUCUCAUUCUUAUCAUUAAAGACAACAAAAGUGGAAUAGCAAUAGAAGAAUAUACCAAGAAUGUUUAUGCAGUAAUCUUGGCUUUCUUUAAAAAUUUACAGCAUCUGACUAUUGUUGUAUCAUCAUCUAUCGACAAUUAUCCACGUUUAUCGUUGCGUAAUUUACCACCAAUGACUUUUUCCUCUUCGACACUUACUAAAUUGCACAUCAAUGUAAAUGAUUUUAAUGAUGUUCGUGCUUUACUUGAUGGUCGUCUCAAACAAUUAACUACAUUCAUCGUUCAAGUUGAAUAUAUCAGCGAUUGGAUAUCAACCUCUCACAACAGGAAUGAUCUACCUUAUUUAAAAUGUUUUUCAUUAACAUGUUAUCAUGGUACUCGAGAAUACGACAAUCUAAUUGUACGUCUUCUUCGUCGAAUGACAAAUCUCGAAGAAUUAACUUUAUAUCUUCAUAUCUUUGGUGGAUCCACAUUCAUUGCUGGUACUGAUCUUGAAAAUGAAAUUCUUACUUAUAUGCCGCGACUUCAUACAUUCACAUUUUAUAUCACUUCUGAAAAUGUCAUUGCUGAUCCAACUGUUCAUAUAUCUGAUGAUGAUAUUAAACGAACUUUUACAAAUAUAAAACAUGGACAAAUGGCUUGCAUGGUGGAUUAUUUCAUCCCUAUGAAAAUCAUAUGUCGCGUCUUUUCACUUCCAUUUAAAUUCCAUGUUCUCGAACGCAUCACAAAUAAUAUUCCAAAUAUUGUAUUUAAUUCUGUUACUGAUUUGAAAUUGAAUAUUCUACCACCAUUUUGGAGAUUCCACGAAUUUCAUCUUCUUGAUAAAGACUGGUGCUCACUUGUUGAAUAUCCUCAUCUUAUUUCACUUGACAUGAAGGAAGCAGACAUUUAUUAUGUUGAACAUUUUCUCAAUGAAACAAAAACAUAUUUACCUCGUUUAACUAAAUUGAAGAUCGAUUAUCAAGAGUUGAAAAUGGUAACAAAAAACUUUACAAGAGAUGAAACGCGAAGUAAUUGUGCUAGAGUGAAACAAUUAAAUGGUCAAGGUUUAAUAGUUUAUCCGAAAAAAGUUUAUUGUUAUUUUUCUUUAUUAUCUGUUUAA